CUGAUCUUCGGUCCUGCAUUCACCGGUUGGUUUGGAACGUUUAUAUCAAACCUGAAACGUUUGAGUCCCGCUGGAAUGACCUCCUACAAACAUUUGGGCUUCAAGACCACAGCUGGUUGAACGACAUGUACAACAUCAAACAUCUCUGGGUACCAACCUACUUCAGGGAACUGCUCAUGUGUUGCUUAAUGAAGACCAUUUCCCGCUGCGAAAGCUCUAACGCUGCCUUCAAGGUCAACUCAACAAGCGCAAACACCCUUGUACAAUUUAUGAUGUGCUUUGAAAAUAGGGUAGACAACCAACGAUAUCGUCAACAUGUAUCGGAGUACAAAACCUCAUCCACGAUGUUCACUGGCAAUACUGAUUUAGCGAUAGAACAGCACGCGUUCGCCAUUUACACAAACGUUGUUUUCGCGCAAGUUCAAAAAGAGAUAAUUAAAGGGAAGUUUUUAUGCUACAUCACAAACCAAACCGAGUCCAGCAAUUCCAGUCUUCUGAUAGACGUCACUCAUUUGGAUAAAAGGAACAACAUCACAAACGUCUAUCAGGUUACGUAUAACACUGUAGACCAAUCCGCCAGUUGCUCAUGCAGGAAUUUCACACGUAUCGGUUAUCUGUGUCGCCAUGUCUUUUGCGUCUAUCGAUUGAAAAAUGUUGAAAGGAUUCCACCACAAUACAUAAACGAUAGGUGGCGUCGAGAUGCCCUCCCCAAACAGGUUUUUUUCAAUUUUCAGCCGAUACGGAGUCAACCCACACGCACCGUCCGUUAUGCGGAAUGAAAUCCUCGACCUCGUUACUGAAUGCGUUGAUGUGGCCAGAACCGAUGAGGAUUCGUUGGCAAAAUUGGUUGACCAACUCAGGGAUUUCAAGAUCAAUGUGCUUUCCAAGCAACCAUUGUCUACAAUUCAAAAUGAAUCAAACGAGUGUCAAAUGGAAGAAAUAGUUGGACAGCCAAUCAACAUUCCAGUCGAAGUUGCUAAUCCAGAAGUUGCACGCAAUAAAGGAUGUGGUACUCAUACUCGCAUUUCUGGGCCCGGUGAGAAGGGAAAGGCAAAACCACCAAAACGUCCAAAGCAGCUUCGUUUAUGCAAGCGUUGUGGUCUGUAUGUCGACGACCACGACUCACGCAACUGCCUUAAGGUGGCUGCAAUGAAAGCAGCAAAGGCAGCUGCUGAACAACAAAGGCAGACCGCCACUAGCGACUCACCCUCUGAUUAAAAUCUUUAUUGUCGUUUUCUAGUACUAUGUAAUGGGAGACUCUCUUCAUUUUGGCCUUCUUACAAACAUGUAACAGUCUUUUGACAUCAUCCUGCUCUUCUCUGUUACGUGUGUAAGAAGGUGGAACUAUUUUGAUCCCAUUAACCAUAAUUAGGAUUGUAAGAAACUCUACGGCCUUGGCCACUUUUGUGUUUGUAGCCCUACUUCUUUGGGGACCUC